UUUGGCCUUCGAGAUCACUAGUUGAAAAAAUAAUGAAAUGAAGAGCUAUAAUAUGCUGAUGUUUUAUUACAGCGCUCUGCUACUUUCGGCUGCUGUAAAAUAUGUAGAUUGUUUGGAAUGCUAUAACUGUACAGAUGUGGACAGUGUGAGUAACUGUUCAAACACAGCGAAAUGUGACAUCGGAGAGUCAUGCUAUCUCGAUUUAGUCGCAACUGGGCAGACUAAAGUCGUCAAUUUAGGCUGUAUUGAAAAUCAGAAAUGUGGGGGAACCGCAAAUCCUGGUCCUGGUUUGAUUGGAAGAGAUGUCAGAAAACGAGAGUCGGAAACAUGUCACGAAUGUUGCAGCACCGAUAACUGUAAUAGUAAUCUCUGCAAGCAUUUGAAACCCGCUGCGUGUGUUGACAGUGAGAAGGUUGACUGUGCAUUUUUGAACACGGUGGCAAACAUUUGCCACGAUGUGCAGCAUGCAAAAACAAUAUGUCCUAAGUUCUGUAACCUUUGUGAUCUUGUUGACGGAGAGUGGGCAGCUUGGUCUACCUGGUCAAAGUUGUGAUGUCACGUGCGGUAACGGUACACGAUCAAGAUAUAGAACAUGUACAAACCCAGCUCCUGCACACGGUGGAUUGGAUUGUGUUGGUAAAAGAAAUGAAACCGAAGAAUGCCAAGAACCUCUUUGUCCAGUAAAUGGUGGUUGGUCAGAUUGGUCAGAAUGGGAGGCCUGCUCAGCAACGUGUGAUAUAGGAAUUCAGCAGCGACAUCGUACAUGUACGAAUCCAGCACCUGAAAGAUUUGGCGACCACUGUUUUGGUGACACAAUGAGUGACCGUUUGUGCUUUCCGGGAGCGUGUGCAAAUGGUGGUUGGUCAGAUUGGGGGACUUGGGGCAAUUGUACUGUCACAUGUGGUGGUGGAACAAUGACUCGUUCAAGGGCCUGUACAAAUCCAAAACCAUCACCACAAGGCAAGGACUGUAUAGGCGAUGCCAUAAGUGUUGAAUCAUGUGGCAAUGAAG